UCCAGUUAUUUCCUUAGAAGCGCGCAGGAGAGAGGGGUGGUCUGUAGUAUUUAAAAAAAUAGUAUUUAUUGUGGUUGUAUACAGAGCAAAGAUCAUCCCUCCUAUUUAUAAACUGUAAAAAAAAACAACUAAUUAGAUUUGUUUUAAAUCAUAGUUAAAAAGCUCCCGAAAACAAGAGUGCCAACAUACCUAGUUGCGGCUAUAUAAACUUUUCCGUAGCUGGUAUUAAGUUACACCGGUUUUAAAAGUUUCGUGUUUUACGAGCCUCUUGGGUUUUGUUUUGAACUGAGAGCUCAGGCGGUGAUCCAGAGCAGCCCGAACCGGACCGGGACCGCCGCAGGAGGGGUUGCCUUUGUUGCGCCGCGCAGUUGACUGGUUGACGAUCAGAGACCAUGGAGUACAAGGUCGAGGCGCACCGGAUCAUGAGCAUCUCCUUGGGGAAGAUCUACAACUCCCGGGUGCAGAGAGGCGGAAUCAAGCUGCACAAAAACCUGCUGGUGUCCUUGGUCCUCCGGAGCGCCCGGCAGGUCUAUCUCAGUGAGUACUACCAGGGUGUCUGCCUUAACGCCCAGCACAUGGACACGGCGCCGCAGUGGGGAGAGGGGGCGAUCGUGGACUCUACCCAGGACAAAGCCGGCUCCGAUCCGGCGGGGAGCGCACAGGGAUCCCCGGACAGCGGCUCUACGCUCCCGCCCGAGAGCUCCCACCCACUGCCCGCUGCAACUGCCCUGGAAAGCCCCGCCGCUGGCCGGCAACCCGAAACCGCAGAGCCUGGCGAGCAGAGCGCCCCCAGCGCGCCCUCCUCACCCGCCUGCUGCUGCCGCCCGACCGGGGAGCCGCUGGGGGAGCCUGUCCCGGCGCCGGCGGACUUGCCGUGUGCCCCAGUCGCGCCAUUCCCUGCCCGCAGCCACGGCGCUGAAACGCCGCCCUACAAGGAAGCGACACCCCCCGAAGAAGGCGCGGGCGGCUGCGGGGAAGCAGAAGUCAAGGGUGGCGAGAGUGAGUCAUCCGAAACCAGAUUAAAUCACUCGGCGGCCGCUUCCUGCUGUAGGAAGAGAAGUGCCGAGAAGGCGCCCCACGCCGAGUCCCCCGUCAAAAAAACCAAGCAGACCUCCCCCAGCGAAGAGGCCGAGCGAGAGGAAGAAAUGGACACUAGCAACGUUUCCAGUUUAAUCACCAUCUUCGGCUCCAGCUUCUCGGGGCUGCUGAGCAAAGACAGCGCGCCGCAGGCGGAGCCCCCCGCCGGGGACAGCGACUCCGCCUCGGGGCAGAUCUGCUGCGAGCAGAUGCUCAAGAACAUGAACCCCUGGAGCACGGCGAUCGUGGCGUUUUAAUGCCACGGAGGGUCACCUGGCCGGUGUGGAAAUGUGUUGAGGGAUCUGUCGUGAAGCUGUGACCAGGCGGGCGCGCCAUCGCCUCCCCCCUGCCCGAGAGGCUGGGCCCCCUCUCUGUGCCCGACCACGUGGAGAGCGGCGUGGGGCUUUCCCGAGCCGCGCGGAGAUGUUUCCACUCGCGUUAUGUCGGGGCAUGCCUGAAUCGGGCUGUAGACUGUGAACUGGUGCUGGUCCUGACGCAGGGAUUAAUAAAGUGGACGCGAUCUCGAGUGGAAGGGGUCGUUUAAUUGGAUCGGGAUGUACGUUUUAGCUGGAAAAGUGUGUUCAGAGAUUUCCUCGCCCCUUUGGUAACUUUGCACUUUUAUUUCGAUUAACUGUUUUACAGCCCUUGAAACGAUCCCGGAAUUAAACGCUGUCGUUCAUUGCGGAAGUCCCGGUUCAAGGAAUUAAAAACCUCAAAGAAUAGUAUGUGGCGAGCUGUUACUAUUUCACAUGUAUUACUUGAUCAAAGAAUCGGUGCUAAACUCAUUUGUAGCCACAUGUUUUAAAGGCGAGGUCCUAGGGAUGUUGAAAGUCUUUGUUUUAUAAAGACCUGUAUAUAUUUGUAUGUUUUUUUUGUACAGACCAUUCUUUUCUUCCUGAAUCUGUAUUUUGGUAUUUGCGCUUCAUUAUGGAUUUUAUUUGCGUGUUACACACGUAUUAAAACCUUUUUGAACAUGAAA